CAGGUGGACUGGGACUCACCAUUAUAAUAAGCGAUGAUAAGUAUGAGAACUCGUGAGGUAACCGGAGGCAGUCCAAAAAUUUCCCAUCCCUCCUUCUGAAUUCCCUCGAGUGAACCACAUGAGCCACCAAUUCCUGCGUCGGCGGGCUGGGCUUAUUCAUAUCAUUGGCUAGGCCUCAUGUACACAAUAGAAGUGUGCCCAUGUGACGUCGAUUUGAAUAGCCAGCAGUCCAUUCACCACAUAAACCCACUCUUUUCCAGCUGUCUAAAGUGACCCUCUAUCAUUCGUCGCAAUGCCUUGGGAGUCGAUCAAGCUGAAUUCUGGAUAUUACAUUCCAAGUAUUGGAUUCGGUACUUGGACGCUAGGUAAUGGCCAAGGACCUAUCGACCAGGUUGAACAAGCUCUGGAAAAUGGGUACAACCAUAUCGAUACUGCGCAAUCCUACAGGAAUGAAGGAGAAACCGGCGUCGCUUUGAAAGAAAGCGGGCUUACUCGCUCAGAUGUCUUUGUGACCACCAAGUACUCUGGUACAAACGGUCUUGACAUCCCAACUUCCAUCAGGAACAGUGUCAACAGCCUUGGGAUAUCGUAUGUCGACCUUUAUCUGGUCCAUUCCCCACGCCUGGCAGUACCUGACAUUCCUACAUGUUGGGCACAAAUGGAAAAGGUCAAGGAAGACGGACUUGCUAAGAGCAUUGGUAUCAGCAACUUCGGCGUCCAAGACAUGGAGAUUUUGUUGGGAUCUGCGAAAGUCAAGCCUGCGGUCAACCAGAUCCUCCUUCAUCCAUACGUUUAUAGGCAACAGAAACCCAUCCUUGAGUAUGCCGCGAAGAAUGGAAUCGUCAUCGAGGCAUACAGCGCGCUGAUCCCCAUCACGAAGUUACCUGGCGGUCCUUUGGACAAACCAUUGAACGAAAUUGCCGCAAAGUUUGGUGUGACGGCCGAUCAAGUCCUUCUGGCGUGGACUAAAGCCAAGGGAGCCGUCGUCGUCACCACAAGUUCAAAGAAGACGCGCCUGCAAGGCUACCUCGCGGCAGGCGAUAUAACUUUGUCUCUAGAGGAUAUUGCUGCCAUUGACGCUGCGGGCGCUUUGGGCGAGAAGAAAGUAAACAUGAAGACUAUAUUGAAAAGGGUUGUCGUAGGUGCAAUUGCUUGCACUGCAGUCUUUGGUGCAUGCAACUUCCUCGGCAUCAGCAUGUUGUGAAGUGAUCGUUAGCCUUUGAUAAAUGCUCAAAUGUCUCUAGUACCUGUUCAUCAUGCCACCAAUCCAGUUCCAUGCUGCAUAACCACUCGAAUAGAACCAUUCUCAGAAGUUUCCCAUCCUUACCUCUGAACCAUGCUUGUUCACAAUCAUUUGUUCAAGAUAGAUAAGCCCCAUGAUCCAACAACUCAUGUCAGAGCAAGCUGGGUCUAUUCAUAUCACUGGGCCUCAUGUGCAUGAUAGACAUGUGUCCAUGGGGUGCCAACUUGAGUAGUCAGCUGUUCGUUCACCACAUAAACCCAUCCUCUUUUCCAGUCCUUCAAGGUAUCCCUUUAUCAUCAUCCAUCGCAAUGCCUUGGGAGUCGAUC